UCGAACCGCGCGUGCCGUGACGGAGCCGGGCGGAGAAGCCGGCCGGGGCUGGGGCGCCGCCCACGUGACCACCGUUCGCGUGUGACCCGGCGUGAGGUCGCCGUGCCCGAGGGCAGGCUCGUGACCCGCGGGACAUGGCGGGCGGAGGAGACGGGCUGGAGUGUCUGGGGCGUCAGGAGGGCGCCCAGGAGCAGGGCGAUGCCACCACGCUCUCCACCAUCGCCGUGCAGAGUGGCACGACGCGGAUCGUGAUCGCGCUGCUGCAGAACAAGCACUGGGUGGAGCUGAAGGCCCUGGAGAUGACACCCGAACUGAGCCACCUGGCGCCCAGUCUGGACGAGGCGCUCCUGCUGCACCAACAGCAUGACGAAGUGCUCCAGAAGCUGGCGAGCAAGGAGUCGCCGGUGGAGGACCUGCUGAACCAGGCGGAUCAGCUGAUCGCGGGCCAGGAGAACAAGGCGGCCACCUACUCGGCCAUGGCCGACAGCCUGGCGCUGGCCUGGCGCGACAUCAACGGCCAGCUGGAGCAGCGCCGCCAGGUGCUGGCACAGUGCGUCCGCUUCCACAGACGAUCGCGAAACUUCAGUGACAUCAUGGACUUGGCAGAUGGCGUGUUUGGCGACAUUGCAAUACCUGCGCACCCAGAGGCCGCACAGGAGGCCAUCAGACGACUCCUUGACGUGCGGAAGGGGGUGUUGGAGGCCUCCAUGCUGACUCUGCAGGAGGGGAACCAGCUGCUGGAGAAGCUUCGCCUGCUGGCCACCAGGGGAACUGUCGACUCUCGACCGAACCAUAUUCGAACGUCUGUGCAGGCCUCCUGUAUCCAGGUGGAACGGUGGAUGGAAGAGCUCCACGACCGACGUCGCCUCGUGGACGUGCUCUUCACAAACCGUCGCCUCAUCCUGGAGCAGUGUCUCGCGCUAACUGUGUUCUACUCCGACCUAGAUGGACUGCGAAGACGCGCGGAACGCAGUCAUCGGGAGCUGCUGGCCAACUGCGACCUGGGCGACUCGGCGAGCUCCGCGGAGAUACUGUUGUACGAGCACACCAAAUUGGAGGCCGAGGCCAAGGCGGUGCAGGACCGCGGCCUGCAGCUGCUGCGCGCCGCCGAGGAGCUCGUCCAGCGGGGCACCUACGCCCGGGAGCAGCCGCGCGGCAGAGCCUACGCCGCGCUCGAGCUGUGCUCUCAGCUGACGGCCGGCGCAGAGCGACGCCACGGCCUCCUCACCGCAGCCGCCGAGUUCUUCUCGCUGGCGCAGCAGGCUUCGGACCGGCUGCUGCGGCUGGAGGGUGACCUGCAGGCGGCGCCGGCGCGGGACCAGGGUCCGGCGCUGGGUCGCGUGGCCGCCGCCCUGGAGGAGGCGGCCGAGCCGGCACUGCGGCGCGGCCAGCAGCUGCUCGGAGAGGCCGGCCCAGGCUCCGACGGUACUGAGGGUGUUUCCCGUUGCAUGGACGACCUUCGUAGGCGACUAGAUUCGCUGCUCAGCCGCUGCCGAGCCCACAAAGAGAAACAAAACCAGCACACGCAAGCUUACAACGAGUUCAUCCGGAGAUACAAUUUGGUAUUCGGCUGGCUUUCGAACGUGGGCGACUCGUUCCUGAGGACUCACGCCGACCUGGGCCGCACGCUGCCGCCGGCCGAACAGUUCGUGACGCUGCACGAGCGGUUGCACGGGGACCUCACCACGAAGGGCGGGGAAAUCGACGGCAUACUAUCCAUCGUACCGGACAUGGCGGGCAAGCUGGACAGACACCAGGCCAAAGACCUUGAGCUGAAGGCGGGCGACCUGCGAACACAGUGGACGACACUCCAGCAAAUGAUAGAGGUGCGGCUGGACGUGGCUCGGCUCUACGUCCGCUUCCACCAGCAGGCGGAGAAGCUGCAGGCCUCGCUAGACGAGUUGACGGCCGCGCUGAGCGGCGGCCAGCUCGGCGAGGAGGAGAUGCGCCAGGUGGAGGACAAGUGGAUGACCAUGCAGCAGCAGUACCACCAGUUGGCCGCCGUUGGACAGCGCUUCCUCGACAAGACACACCAGGUCAGGGACCCGUACCUGGAGCUGCCGCCAGCGCGCGGCUGCGUGGAGGCCAUCCUGGAGCGGCUCAAGGAUGCUCACCUGACCAUCACUGAGCACUACGAGCGCGUGCAACUGACCACCACCACCAUCAAGCGCUACCAGCGCCAGUGGGAGCGGUGCCAGCGCGACGUUCAGAAGGUGGAGGAGUCUGUGUCGUGCCUGGAGUCGGAGCUGUACCCGAUCCUGCGCGAGUCGGGCCUGACGGUGGACCAGCGCAAUCGCCAGUGCCAGGAGCGGGUGGACAGCGUGCUGCCCAUGCUGCGACAGGCGCAGGCCGAGGUCGAUCAGAUGGCGCAGACGGCGCAGAAAAUCGCCAGGAAAGGAUCGGGUACCGCUGCGACAGAGGCCGGGAGGCUGGCGCGAGAGCUGGCCACCAAGAAGAGCACGCUGGAGAACAGGGUGUCCGAAUACCAAGACACCCUGCAGAUGAUGGCUUUGUACUUCAAAAAACUUAAGGAUGUGGACUCGAGUCUUCUGAAGCGGAGGCAGCUGGACGCGGCCCGCCAGCUGCCCCAGGAGACGGAGGAGUGCCAGCAGGCCCUGAAGGAGCACGAUGCCACUCAGCAGGCGUUCAGCGAGCUCUUCAGGCUGGCCGGCGAGGAGCUGGAGCGGACGGUCGAGCAGGUCCGCCAGGUGGAGCCCCCGGCGGCGGCCGAGCACGACAUCAGCCAGCUACGGGACGUGCUGGACCGCGAGACGACCAGCGCCGGCGAGAGCCGCAGUCAACCCGGCUCCAAGUCGGCCUCGGACAAUACACCGUCCACCGAGCAGCGGCGCCGCGUCGACGCCGGCACCCACCUGCUGGUGUACUACUUCCCACGCAAGCGGCCCCGCACGCGGCCCAUACUCGAUCGGGACCAGACAAAGUGGGAGGAGUCGCAUACAUCAAGGAAGGAAGUCCUGGAGAAGCAGGUCACAUCCACCGUCUUCAACUCGGAGCUGAAUGCCAUCAGCAGCCAGCUGACCGAGCUGCACAAUCAGCUGUCCCAAGCCAGAGGACGCUACGGCGACAGUCUGCAGGAAGCGAAGCAGACCAAGAAUGCCUUCAAAGGGUUUGAAGACACGAUUGAGAACACGGGCCGCCAGAUUGAGACGUUCGUGAGCACGGCGCACGAGUACCUGGGCUCGGCGCCGCGGCCGGACGCGGCCGACCAGCGGCUGCGCGAGCUGCAGCAGAGCUGGACCACCCUGCAGGAGCAGGUGGCGGAUAACCGCCGGCUCACCGAUAGCGCCAUCGAGUACUUCACCGCACUGGAGGAGGCGGAGGACUGGUACAAGCGCGGCGGCCGGCUGCUGGUGGGGGUGGCGCGCCGGGUGUCGCAGGUGCGCUCGCCGGAGGAGGCGCACGAGCUGCGCGCGGAGAUCGGCGACUUCCUCAGCCCUGGCGCCGAGGAGCAGCGCCACCGGCUAGAUGAAGUCACGGCCAUGGCAGACCGGCUGUACGGAUCGCCCCAGCCGGCGCGGGUGACGGCCGCGGUGCAGCAGAGCCAGGAGAUGGUCGAGUCGUUCGAGGCGAUCCGGCGCCAGCUGCGUUCGCUGGUGCAGUCGCUGGAGCUGAUGCAACAGGAACGUGACACGCUGCGCCGCGAGAAGGACCAGCUGUCGGCCGGCAUGCAGGCCGCCCGCCAGGAAGCUGAAGCUGCCCGCUCGGCCGCCGCCGCCGCUGAUGAGGCGCGCCGUGCUGCCGAGGCCGCCGCCCGAGCCCUGGAGAACAUGCCACGGCCCAGCUCACCACUGACCGUGCCCAAGGUCGACGUCUGCACGGAGACCACCACCGAAGUUAGAAAGGUCACGGUGGACAGAUCAACGCAGCAGAUCCCGAUGGAAAGGUCAGAUGCCGCCACUCAAGAGGCGCCGGCGACGAAAGUGGACGCCGGCACGCAGGACGCGCCGCCGUGGCAGGAGAAGAGCACCAGAGAGUCGGCCACUGGCCAACAGGUGUCACCACCGAAGCGACACAAGCGGGAGGAGGAGCCGCCGCCAGUAGUGCCGGUCUUCACCGAGCCCCUGACGGACCAGACGGUCCAGGACGGCGUCAGGCACACGCUCCAGGCUAGGGUGUCAGGCGUUCCGGCGCCCAAGGUCAACUGGCAGAAGGACGGCAUCUCGUGCGACAGCAACCCGGACUACGCCAUCGUCCACCAGCAGGGCGUCUGCACGCUGACCAUUGAGGAGACGCUGGCUGAGGACAGCGGCGUGUUCACGUGCCGCGCCUGGAACGCGGCCGGCGUGGCUGAGACCCGCGCUAAGCUCACCGUCAGAGAGGCAGCGGCGGAGGAGGAGCUGGCGCCGCCCAUCUUCACGCGCCAGCUGACGGACGCCCGGGCUCGCGAGGGUCGCGCCAUCCAGCUCACUGCUACCGUCACCGGCAACCCGCUGCCGGUGGUGAGCUGGCUGCGCGACGGCGCCUGCGUCGACGCCUCGCACGACUACGUCAUCACGUACAACAACGGCGAGUGCUCGCUGCGCAUCGAGGAGGCGCUGCUGCAGGACCAGGGCGUGUUCGUCUGCCGUGCCUCCAACGUGCUCGGCACCGACCAGACCAGCGCCCAGCUGCGCGUGGAGUCGCGCACGCCGUCCGAGACUCCUCGCUUCACGACGCCGCUGAGUAACGUGAUGGCGCGCGCCGGUCAGAAGCUGCGGCUCGAGUGUGCCGUGCGGGGCCUGCCGCACCCCCAGCUCACCUGGCUCCACAACGGCCGGCCCGUCAGAGACAACAACGACACAAAGAUGACGUUCGACGGCCGUCGGGCGACGCUCACCAUCCCUGAGGCGUUCCCCAAGGACGCUGGCGCCUACACGAUCGUGGCCAAGAACCCAGCCGGCGAGGCCACCUGUUCCUGCAGCGUUUCCGUCAAGGGCCGCCUGCCGACCGAGACAUCGGACUCGGAGAUGGCCAGCGACAUGGAGCCAGUGAAGCCCAGCAUCCCGGUCAGUCUGCGCGACCUGACCGUGCACUCUGGCCAGCGCGCCCAGCUGGACUGCGUCAUCACCGGACAGCCGGAGCCCGAGGUGAUCUGGUACUGCGGCGACCAGCCGGUCAAGGAGUCCAAGGACUUCCAGCUGCUGUUCCAUGGCGACCGCUGCACACUGGUCAUCAACUGUGCCCUGGAGGGCGACGCCGGCGGCUACUCGGUGGUGGCCAUCAAUUCAGCCGGCGAAGCUCGCUCCUCCUGCACGCUGCAUGUGCUCCCCGAAGAGCCAUCCCAAAAGCCGAAGUUUGUCAGACUGCUGAACGAUGCCAACGCCGUGGAGGGGCAGCGGCAAGUGCUAGAAGUUGAAGUUACCGGAUGUCCUGAGCCCAUCGUCAUCUGGCUGAAGGAUGGCGCUGAAGUCAAAUCUUCUGAGAGCAUGAAGAUCACGCGCUCUGGCGACAUGUACCGGCUGGAGAUCGGCUCGGCGCUGCCGCUGCACGCCGGCACUUACGUGUGCGUGGCGUCGAACGCGGCCGGCGAGGCGCGCUCGUUCUCGCACGUGGCGGUGCGGCCGGCCGGAGCGGUCGACACGCGCUCGCUGACACGGCGCCGGCCGCCCACAUUCGGCCAGAUCUUCAAGGACCAACGCGCCGAGGAGGGCGACGAGGUCCGCUUCGAGUGCAUCAUCGACGGCCGACCCCAGCCCACGGUGGAGUGGCUGUUCGACAACAGUCCGCUGCUGCCGGACCAGUUCACCGCCUCCUCCGAGGGCAAGCGCCACGUGCUGCACGUGCGCGUGACCGAGGACGUGCCGAGCGGCCAGGUCAAGUGUGUGGCCGAGAACGACAUCGGCAAGGCCACGUGCGCCGCCCGGCUCUCCGUCGGAGAGCCGCUGGAGCGCACGCCCUCCCCCAGCGAGGGGCGUCGCUCCUCAGAUGUAAGCAAGUCCCGCACCUCGACCUUGAAAAAGACCACCAUUAUGGAAACGCGGGAGGAAACACAGGUCAUUAAUGGUGAUCAGCGGCCUAAGGACGGGGCUGAUCGUCGGCGACGCGAGGAGUCCCACUCCAGUGUCGCGGAGGAGCCGGACAGGCAGGUCCAGCGGACCACCUACGAGCAGAGUCGCGAGCGGACCGCCCGCUCGCGGAUGGUCCGUGACGAGGACGGGCCGGCCGGCGGCCCGGUCCGGCCGCCCCGCUUCGUGGCGCCGCUUCAGGGGCUCGUCAUCCACGAGGACGAGGAGCUGCGCCUGAGUGGGGAAUACUCAGGUAACCCCCAGAUCACGUGGUUCAAGAACGGUGUGGAGCUGACCCCCAACGACCGCGCCGUGACGUCACACGAUGACACGCACGUGACCCUGACCCUGGAGCGGGCGACCGAGGACGACGCCGGUAAAUACACCUGCUGCCUGAAGAAUGCGGCCGGCACGUCCAAGAGUACCGCCGAAGUGCUCGUUAGAAAAAUCUUGGCAGCGCCUGUGUUCGACCACCGGCUGAAGGCGCAGGUGGCCCAGCCGGGUCAAGAGGUCGUCAUGAAGGUCCAGGUGAGCGGCAUCCCGCCGCCCAACGUCACCUGGACCAAGGACGGACGACCAAUCACCGACGAGCAUAUCAAGAUCAAGCGGCGCGAGAGCAAGCACUCGCUUACCAUUCGCAACGUGACGCACGAAGACGCCGGCAAGUAUGCAGUCUGCGCCAAAAACGACGCCGGAGAAUCGACGUCCAUCGCCGACUUCGUCGUCACCGACGAGAUGCCCGACAUCAUCGAGAAACGAUUCAUUACCACGGAGUCGGCGGACGGCCAGCCUGGUGCGGGAGUUGGAAAGGAGACGACGAUAGUUACAAGAACACAGUCGUCUACCCGCACCUCGGACGCAGACGAGUCUCCUAAAUCCCCCUCCACGACUGUUAAGUCCCAUUCCUCACACAAGCGCAAGAAGAAGGACAAAGACGGAAAGAAAAAGUCAAAGACGAAGAUAUCGAAGACUCUCCAAGAGGAAACAAGUGAGACUGUAACUACUCGUGCGGGUCAGGAAGAGCCAUUUGAAAAACCACGGCCACAGAGUGAGGUUGAACCGGAGGAGACUGGAGACACGUCUCCGUCGUCGAUCCGCAAGCAUAACAAAAAGUCAAAGAAGGUUGUCAAGGAGGAGACCACUGAAGUCGUCAGGGAUAUUAAACCUGAGUAUGAGGAAGACGGUGGUGAGCCCGGUGACGAAGAGGAAGAGGACGAGGCUACAUACAAGCCUUCUUCGUCCAAGUCCAAACGAGAAACGAGGUCACGAGAAGUCGUACAGACCACGAAAGAGGAGAAGAUGACCACUCAUCUCGAGUCAGUUGACCUCCCAUCCGAAGACAAGCAUGAAAAGCCCGUGGAGCAGGACAUUCUACCUGCAACCAAACCACAGCCUUCAAAAACAGGUCAAAUUAAGGAAGAGACGUUGCAAAAAGUUUUAGAAAUCAUGAACACUCAGGAGCGAGAUCAGAGUGAUAUCACUGAUACUAAACCGCAGUCGCUGAGCAAAGAUGCCGAGGCCCCCGAGGUUGAAAAAGUACAUGAACCAGUAUCGAAAACAAUAGUUAAAAGAACGCCGGUCAUGCCUGAACUGAGUGCCUCGGAAGAGGAAGAGGAGGGCGAUAAAGACGAUCUGGGGUUGGGCUCGCAACCAGCCGCUGAAGGGACAUCGGAUAUUGAAACUGUUUCUGGCUCUGAGCAUAUUCUGGAGACUGCGGCUGCGAACGACAGGGUAUCUGAUGAACCAGUUCAAGAGCCUAAGGUCACAGAUGUUGCUGGGGAUAAUGAACGGGCAGCGGGGAUAAGUACUGUGCCAAUCAAAUCGGCCAGGCCUGCCUCAGAUUCAGAAGGUGGAGAAGAAGAGGAAGAAGCAUUAACGACAGAAACGGCUAACAAAGUCGAGACUUCGCAAGAAUUUGCACAAGAACCUGGCUUGGCCGACGAAACACCAAAGGAGGAACAGGUAAAAUUUACUCUAGUCGGUAAUACAUUAGUAUUUACCACCAUCAGGCCGGAAGAGCCAGAACAGCCUGUUCCAGAACUGGAUACGUCUGCGGAGCUCGUCUUAAAGAACCCCGAACCACUGGGUGAAGAGUCGAUCGAUGAACCGAAGACCGCUGAGGAGGAAGUGAGGGAGGAAGCGGCAGAGUUUACCGCCGUUAUUCGCCCUCCAGUUGCCACUAACGAGCCAGAAUCGAUCGCUGAUGAUGCUAAACCAGCUGCAGAGCCGGAGCACGAAGCGGCGCCGCUUGAGAGGCCCUCUGUUUCAAAGUCAGAAUUGCCUGGAGAAUCGUCUCCGGAACGUGAGCUGGGUGAUGAAGAAGUGGAGUCGGACUCGAGUAAAGAUAAGCUGCUAGAAGAAACUGAUCACAUGCAACAGUCGUCUGAAGACACGCUGACCCCUGAGCGACCACUGAUCCCUGAGGUACCGAAGAUCGAGGAGUCCGAAGAAGUCGAGUCUGAAGAAGAGCAUGAAGACGAAGGGGAAUCAGUCUCCGGUGAAUCUGAUGCUGCCGGGGAGGCUCGAGUUGGGCUAGACAGCGAACAAAAGCGGCCUACCGUCGAUGUACCGAAGACCGAAGAGUCUGACAGACCUGAGUCUGAAGAAGAACCAGAAGACGAAGGUAAAUCAGUCUCCGGUGAAUCUGAUGCAGUGGAAGACGCUCGUGGUGGGUUGGAAACUGAACGAGAGCGGCCCAUCGCUAAGGCGUCGAAGAUCGAAGAGUCUGAAACAGUCGAGCCUAAAGAAGAGCCUGAAGAUGAGAAGAAAUCAGUCUCCGGUGAGUCUGAUACGGUCGAGGAUGCUCGCAGCGGGCUAGAAAGCGAAGAGGAGCGGCCUGCCACCGAUGUACCGAAGGUUGAAAGGUCUGACAGAGUUGAUUCUGAAGAAGAGCCUAAAGAUGAGGAGAAAUCAGUCUCUGGUGCGUCUGACGCAGUCGAAGACGCUCGUCGAGGUGGAGAAGAAACUGAACAAGAACGGCCCACCGCUAAGGUGCUUAAGAUCGAAGAGUCUGAAAGAGUCGAGUCAGAAGAAGAACCGGAACACGAGAAGAAAUCAGUCUCCGGUGAAUCUGAUGGGGUCGAGGAUGUUCGGGGUGGGUUAGAAAGUAGCCAAGAGCGGCCUAUCGCCGAGAAUGUUGCGGCAGAUUUGUCAGAGCAGACAGUGGACGUCCAAGAUGACAAAACAGAAGAAGAUAAACCAUCAGAACCGGAGGAGAACGGUGAUUCUGGCUCCGAGAAACCUGCUGCUGCUGAAGAGUCUGAGUCGGGCGAUGAGAACGAAAAAUCUGAAGCCGAACUGGAACACGUAGAACGGCAGUCUUAUGAACAGGUAGAAGGGGAAUCGGCACAGCUAGAAAAGGACGCUGCUGCUAAGCCCUCAACACCGCUAUCGGAUGUAGAAGACGAACCGAAACCUGUGGGAGAUGACGACUUACAGAGUGAGGCAAGUGGGAAAGGUGAAUAUUCUGAAGAAACGGCCUCCGAGUCAGAGAUCAAGGAAGUUGAUGUGGACGAGACAGCCACUGUUCAAAAAUUAACACAGGGUCACGCCGAUGAUACAGAAGCAUCCCAAGAGAUCAUAAUUGCAGAGAAUCGUAUUGUCGAGGAGGCUAAGGAAAUAAAGAUAACGGAUGAAAUGCACGAAGUACACGAUGAUGAUGCGGAGAAAGACAGGCCUGCAGUGACGGAUGACAGUGUUCAGGAAUCUGUGAAGGAAUCUGCGCAGGAUGUGCUUGAAACCAGCGGGGAAUCAGAUGCCCAAGUACUCGAUUUAGAACGUAUCCCAACUGGUUUAGGUUCAGAGGCUGAAGAGGAACUUAUACCCAAAGAAACGGCGAAGCUGAAGCCUAAACCAAGUGACGAUGCGUUAACGAAAGAUAUUCAUGAACCCUCGGAAACCGCUGAGACGCUGACUCGGGCGGAGAUGACGACCUAUGGCGGCGAAGCAGUCAAAUCUGAUGACUUGGAACAGGCACCGAAACAAGAAGCCCCAAAACUCUCCGAGGACAUUUCUCAGUCUCCCGCCUCGGCAGCUCCACCUGCACAAACCUUCCUGCCGGAGCCUGUGCUGCCGGCUUCGGAUAGUCCCGCUCAGGAGCCGCCGAGCGAGGCACCGCACGCGCCUGUGUUCGCCGCCGUCUACAGAGCGGCCGAAGGAGACGCGUACCAGGCCAGCGACACGCCGCCGUGGACGCAGCCGGCGCCGGCCGAACUGUUGAUCCACGCGCCCACCGAGCCCCUGCUGUACCAGUUCGUGCGGCCACCGGGCACGCCUCCCAAGCCGCCUCCGAAGCCCGCCGUCCGGCCGCCAGUGUACAGCGGUCCGCCGGGGCCGACGCCGGUGGUGCGGCCGCCCCCGGGUUUCCCACCGCAGCCGCCCCACCAGGUCCGCGGUGCAUCCCCGCACGCCGGCUUCCGCGUGCCCGUCGUCGCACCGUACGCCGAGCAACUGCAGCGGCAGGCGCAGACCUUGUACGGGCAAGAGACGGUGAGCAGCGCUCCGACGCAGUCGUACAUCUCUCCGAACUCGCAGCCGUACGCCCCUCCAGUGCAGCCGUAUGCCGCUCCGGCGCAGCCGUACGCUGCUCCGGCGCAGCCAUACGCCCCUCCAACGCCGCCGUACGCCGCUCCAGCGCAGCCGUACGCCCCUCCAACGCAGCCGUACGCCCCUCCGGCGCAGCCGUACGCCCCUCCAGCGCAGCCGUACGUCUCUCCGGCGCAGCCCUACGCCGCUCCAGCACAGUCGUACGCCCCUCCAGCGCAGCCCUAUGCCGCUCCAGCACAGCCGUACGCCCCUCCAGCACAGCCCUACGCCCCUCCGGCGCAGCUGUACGCCGCUCCAGCGCAGCCGUUCGCCACUCCAGCGCAGCCAUCCGCCGCCCCGGCGCAGCCACAGGCCGCUCGGACGCUGGCGGCGCCACAUUAUGGCAGUGCGCCCACUCCGGCAGCGCCCCGGUUUGACAGGAGGCCCGUCCCGGUGCCGUCCACCCCGCGGUACGCCAGCGCGCCAGUGGCAUCUCCGAGAGCACCUGAGCAUGCCAGGAUACCCGGCCCGGCCCAGCAAGGACCGCGGUAUGCCAGGGUGCCCUCGCCAGUGCCCAGGACACAAGCACCACGCUUUGUUAAGGCACCUGCCCCGGCUCCGCCGGUGCCGCGGUAUGCUAAAGCGCCUGCGCCGGCUCCACAAGCGCCGCGGUAUGGCGGUGUGCCUGCGCCGGCUCCACAAGCGUCGCGGUAUGGCGCCGGUGUGCCUGCGCCGGUCCCGACGGUGCCUCGGUAUGCCAGGAUGCCAUCCCCGGCUCCGACAUCGCCUCAGCAUGUCGGUGGCUCGUCUCAGGAGACGCAGUUUUCGCAGUCCACGGUGGGCACGUCAUGGACAACAGACAACAUCGAAAGCUAUUCCUCCGAGGACGUGUAUGGGGACGAGGACGUCACCCGCGCUCCUCGGCGAGUGGUCAUAACGUACGUGGCGCGCACGGGGCUGCCACACCAUCAGCAGUACCCUCAGAUAACCGAGGAUUACAGCUCGAAGUGGUCCUCGCAGAUGACAGACUCUCGCACGGAAACUACCAUCAGCGAGCAGCGCCAGGUAGACGCCGGAUGGCGGGACGAGCAACUCUCGUUUGUGCCGAAGCCGCCACCGCCGCGGAGAUCGGUGAGCUCGGUCGGCGAGAUGCGCAGGAAGAUCGAGGCCCAAUCGGAGACGAGCGAACGGACGACAGACCUUCGCCGGGCGGCGCGGCCUGCUCCGGCCCCGAAGCAGGCACCGCCACCCCGCCGCUCGCAGCCGACGUACGUGUCCGGUCAGCAGCGGCUCGAUCAGCGCUCCCGCAGCCAGGAGGUGCAGGUGGUGCCACCCGCGCUUCCCCCGGAGCCGACGCAGCGGGCGCCGCCCCGCGUCUCGCGCCGCACGCCCACGCCCACCAAGUUUGUGCCCGGCCGCUUCUCCGGGUCUGACUACGAGAGUGACUAUGACGAGCGCAUACCGACGCGCUGGCAGGCUGACGGGUACGAGUACAUCGACCGGCGGCGCAUCCUAGUGCAGCUACCGGAUGCGCGCCGCGGUCACGAGCGGCGCGAGCGGGCCGCCACGCCGCCGUCGCAGUUCGACCGGCCGGCGCCGGUGCGCGAGACGCCGCCGCACCGACCGCCGGUGGUCGGUCUGCCUGCGAGCGAGCGGCGCGGGAGGUCAGAGGCGAGGAGCUCGCUGGCCAUGUCGAAGCGGUCGGCCUCGGCGCCGGCGUCGCGGUUCCGCGCAGUGGCGCCGGCGGCGCCGAGACGCGCCGCAACGCCGCGCCGGGCCUCACCGGAGCCGCGACCGAGGGACGCCUCCUGGCAGCGGCGGCAGGAGGUCUCGCGGACGACAUCGCAGUCGCGGCAGGACGGCGGCCAGACGCGUGUCUGGUCAGCCCCGCAGCAGCCGAGAACGCUGACGCCGGCUGUGCCGCCCAAGGCCGCGCCCGUGCCUCCGCAACCGCCGGCCACGAACGAAAUUGCGCAGACCGCCAGCGAGAUCUCGCGGAGCCUGCGCAGGAUGACCGACCAAAGCAGCUUCAAGCAGACGUCACAAUCUUAUCCGGCGCAGCCUCGCCCGUCGCCGAUCAAGACGCAGCCGGUGCGAGCGCCUCGGGUGAAGCCCGCGCAGGCCGGCUUCAGAAGCACCGAGAGCUUCUCGAAGACAUCUGAGCGGAGCGGGUACCAGCAGUCCAAGGCCGCCCCGCGGCCUCCCGCUCUGGCGUCCAAGCCUUCGAUGCCGGUGUCACCCGUGCGGAGUGAGCAGUCGCAGCAGGACUCCAGCCAGCAGUCGAUGUUCAACAGGCACCAGACGCACGAGUCGCUGGAUCGCCCCGGCGUGCGGGGCUUCCAGGCGACCUCCGAGUCGGACGCGCAGCACUUCAACCGCGAGGAGACCGAGGGCUUCACCAAGACCGAGACGCGUUUUGAAAAGACGUAUGACGUGCGGAUGGAGAAGACGGAGGUGAAGGACGCGAACGGACACUCGCUGGCGCUGCCGGUUCCUGCGCUGCCGUCCAGCGCCUCCCCGCUGCCGGUUGUGAUGUCACCGGUAUCUGAUACAGCGUCUCAGAGCCGGCAGUCGAUGACGCAGCAGUGGCUGCAGUCGCAGAGCGGACGGCCGGCUGGCUCGCCGCUGCUGCCGCCGCCUUCUCCGCAGCCUGUCGUGACGUCACCCGUUCCGAGGGUGACGUCACCGGUACCGGGCUUCCAGCGGGCAUGGCAGCAGCGGACGAGCGUGGACCGCAGUCGCUCCGGCUCGGCCGCCGGCCGCCGCAGCCCGCUGCUCGGCCAUGACGCGUCCGGCUACGCCUCCGACCACACCGGCUACGCGUCUGAGCCGGAGCUGGCGGCGCUGGCCGCGCGGCGGCCGUGGCGGCCGGGGCCGCAGCCGCCGCCGCGGGCCGCCGUCGCGCAGGGCCGUGGCGCUAGCCAGGCGUCGCAGUCGUCGCGGGCGUACGUCGGUGGGAGUGUACGGUCGGCGCAGCCUCCGCGGGCGCCGCCGAAGCUCGGUAGGGCCGUGUCAGACCUCGGCAGCGACUACGAGUCACGCUUCACUACCAGGUGGAUGCCGGCGGGCGCUGGUCGCUCGGCGGGCAGCCCCUUCCGCCCGGUGCAGCCGCCGGCGCCGAGCGGCGGCGGCGGCGGUGGCGGUGACCGCCCGCUGGCUAUCCCCGAGCUGAAAAACGACUGGUCCUCGUUGCUGUCCGGCUCGCAGUCGGCGCUGUCCGAGUCGCAGCGGUUGGCGUCGGAGGGCGACACCACCACAACCACCACCACGAUGGUGAAGGAGGAGUUCCACAGCGAGAAGAUGAUACGCGAGGAGACGACGACACUCGGCCCGUUGCCACCUGGGGUGGUGUCGGUAGCACCGCUCAAGUCGCCGCUGCCGGCGCGUGCGAUCCAGCCUCGGUCGCCGCUCCUGCUGAGAGCGAUCCCGCGCCCGGCUGGUAUGCCGCUGUGCCAGGCGUCCUCAGAGCAGAGCAGUGUGUCGUCGGACAUGGAGGAGGAGGUCGUCUCCCGGCGAGGGCUCGGAGAUGCUGUGGUGAAGCCCGACAGGCCCGUCCCCGCCUCGCCCUGUCCUGUCCCCGCGGCGGCCGACUCGUCUGCGCAGGUGGCGCCACCGGCGACUGGGUCGCACGGCGGCGUGUUGUCUCACCUUGCUAGGUGGCUCAAAGACCAGACGCUUGGUCUGACGAAGAAGUGUUAAAGACGUCCGUAUCGUCGCUGUCGUGGGAGCGCUCCGGCUCGGCGUCGCGCCGGCCCACCGCCGCGCCCUCCGACAACCGGCCGGCAGAGCCGCCUGGCGGCCAGAUCCGGCACCAGGCCGCGCUGCCGGCCGACC